AUGGCUGGAGAAGCACUACUCGGCGCUGCAUUUGGAGUGCUGCUCGACUGUUUGACUUCCAAGGACUUCAUCAACUUCUUCCGGGGUCGAAAGCAUGACGAAAGGCUCCUCAAGAAGCUGAAGCUGAAGUUGCUUGGACUUAAUAAGGUGCUCAAUGAUGCAGAGGACAAGCAGAUCACUCAUCCAGCUGUGAAAGAAUGGCUCGACGAGCUGAAAGGUGCCAUUUACGACGCCGAAGACUUGGUGGAUGAGAUUGCUACUGAGGCUUUGCGGUGCAAGGUGGAAGCCGAGUACCAAAGCGGCUCGAACCAGGUACAAUCUCGGAUCUCGUCCUUCACUAAAUUAUUUGACGAUGAGAUAGAGUCCAAGUUAGAGAAGAUGAUUGAUACGUUAGAAGAUUUUUCGAAAGAAAAAGACGUACUUGGACGAGAUAAUGAAAUUGUUGCUCUCUGA